AUGCUCAGACGCAAAUGGAAACUGGACAAUACAGUUCCGUCGCGUUCCGUCGCGGUUAGCUAUCGGCACGUGGAAUCCCGGGCUCCAAUCUCGGUGAGGAAAAGAGAAAGAGGAGCCGGGACCGGUGCCGGUAGGACUAUAUACUAUGUACAUGCACUAUCUAGGUUAGGGUUCUCUAACACUUUGGCCUACGCCGUCGUACUGACUCUGGUACUUGCAGGCUUCUCCGACGCCGAUCCAAAGAUCAAGUGCAUCAAAUGCAAAUUUCACACAGGUUUUGAAAUUGCAACCACCUUACCCUCCAAAGACGUCUGUGGGUACUCCGGUCGCAUGUUGCCCCCAGGUGUAUCGGUCUGUCCAAAUCUGCGUCGGAAGAAAUACAUCCAAUGUUCUGAUCACCAAUGUGCACAGUUCCUCUCCAUGAAUCCCAAGCACACUGAUCAGACUCCUGCUGAUCUUAGGUUGUGCGGCCAUCCAUGGAAGAUUGCUCUGACCCCUCCUUGUUCUACAUCUAACUCAGUUUCUAUGCAAAACUUCAUGGGUUGA